GUAUGGAGGAGGCGAAGUCAUUUAUAACUUUUAGCAAAACGGUAGAAGAGAAGACUCUUUCAACGUUGUGUUCCAUGGAUUCACCAAAUCCUCCCACUCAAAGCCCUAACUCGGUCCGUUCGGUUCCUGGCUCCAAUCAGAGCCACGCCGAUUUGAUUAUCUCAUCGCUCCUCUCGUUUCCAGAUUCCUCUCCGAUCUCCAUUAGCUGCUCCUUCGAUCGAGUCCUCGAUAAAGCUCUCGCCUCCGCCUCCGGUGAUGAAUCCGUUCAAGAUCGUCUCGUCGAUCGGAGUAUCGAACUCGCCUCUCUUCUUCUCGAUUCCACUAAACGAUGCUUCCGGAAGCGAGCUUCUGUUCACAACUCCAAUUCCUGGUUCCUACCUCCGGAGCUCACCAUUAAGGUUUUCUCGAUGCUUGAUACAAAGUCUAUGAUGCAAGCAUCAGCGUGCUGCACCAUGUUCAACAAAUGUGCCAUUGACCGUUUAUGUUACUCCCACAUCGACCUGACAACGUCUGCUAGAUAUGCUGAUAAAGGAAUUGUGUCUACUGUGAUCAAUCGUGCUGGAAAAGAACUCAGAUCCCUCAAAAUUGGUCGUGUUGUUCGCGCAGGUGGAUCUGAUUCUGCCACGCCUAUGCUUAGCGGAUCUUGUCUUUCUCCACUAGCCUAUAAUCAUGGAUUUCUUGGGAGUCGCUUGAGAAGCCUUCAGCUUUACAAUCUCAGACCUAUAAAAUACAGGUCCUUAUGCGAUGCCUUGGCAGUUUGUCAAAAUAUCACUGAUCUGAGGAUUGUUGGAUUGUAUAACCUUACUGAGGAGCUAUUCAACUCACUGACGAUAAAAUGCCGUUUAAUAGAGCAACUGUUUUUAGAGACCUAUGGUUAUCCACGUACAUUAGAGGCUAAAACAGGAUCAUCGUUGGUAGAGUUUGUGACCAACUGCCCCAACUUAACUUCUCUAACGCUCAUACGUUUUGGACUAACCGAUGAAUGGGCCCGAAAUCUUGCUGAGAGUCCUCGUAAACUGGAGUACCUGAAUUUGUCCAGAUCACCUACAAUCAAAGGUCGUUUUUUGAGGGAGUUGGGACUUGGCUGCAAAGAUCGUCUACUCAAGACUCUAAUAUUGCGCAACUGUCCUAAACUACAAGAGAAAGAAGUGUUGGAAUUCUGUAACUCACUACUGAGAGGGAACUUCAAAUCCAUCCGUCGCAUUGAUGUUUCAAGUAACCGCGGCUUAGCUUCUUCAGACAGGGGCAAAAGAUGUAACAAACCAAACUUUCCUCUGGAGAGGCUGGAAGAAGAAAGAUCAGAUGUCACAUUUGUGGCAGAUUUCCCAAUGUCAAGUGCAGUAGAGCUCUACGCUGACGAAGAGUUGAGGCUAAUAGAGAUGAUGGAAGCUGAUGACGAUGAAGUGGAUGAAGACGAUGAUUCAGAUGAUGACUCAGACGAUGGAUCAGAUGAGGAUGAGUCAGAUGAUGAUGAGGACAUGGGCUUUCAUGAAGAAUAUUUGUUAUGAUUGUUGUUAAUCUUCAUUUUUUUUGUUCCUUCGUUUCCCUUUGCUUAAUAUUUAUAUCUUCUUGUUUGGUAUACUUGAAUUGUGCCCAAAACAUCAUCAUACGAAAUUAUUAAACCAGUUAGAAUAAUGUGACAGUGUGGGUUAAAUAA